GGCCCACUACACUCCCCCUAGUUUCUUUUCCCCCGGUUUUUUCCGUCCUCUCCUCACUCGUGUCCGAUGGCUCGCCCCCGCCGCCUCCUCUGACGACGGUCUGACUGACCCCCGCCUCCCCGGAGAGCGGCUCCGCUGUCUCGCCGGAUAUGGCGCCGCCUCGUCCCCCUCCUAACCCGGCGGGGGAGCAGCAGCCGCAGCUCCACGGGGUGGUCAUCAUCACGCUCCCUCCCGCGGACCAGCCCUCCAAGGGCAAGACCGUCACCGCCUUCGCCUACACCAACGACCCCCCGCCCCCUCGCUCGCCCCCGGAUCCGGUUAUGGGGUACCCGGCGGCGACGGAGGCUAGGCGGCGGCCGAGGCGGGCGCUCUCGACGCGGCGGGUGGCGACGGCGGCGCUCGUGCUGGGCGCGCUCGCGGUCGCCGCCUACUAUUGCUUCUACUCGGACGUGGCCGUGCAGUUCCUGGGGAUGGAGCAGGAGGAGGAGCAGAGGAACGAGACCAGGUCUUUCCUGCUGCCGCUCUACCCCAAGGCGCGUCAGGGCCGCGCACUGCGCGAGUUCGGGGACGUCAAGCUCGCCGCCAGGAGGGUCGACGACGGCGGAAGAAAGGCUAGGAACAGGAUGGAGGUCGCGAAGGCGGCCACGGCGAGGACCAAUUCCACGGCGUUGCUCCCGAUCAAGGGCAAUGUCUUCCCCGAUGGCCAGUAUUACACAUCUAUCUUUAUUGGCAACCCUCCAAGACCAUACUUUCUUGAUGUUGAUACUGGAAGCGACUUGACGUGGAUCCAGUGUGAUGCACCAUGUACAAACUGCGCAAAGGGACCACAUCCUCUAUAUAAGCCAGCAAAAGAAAAGAUUGUCCCUCCUAGAGACUUGUUGUGCCAAGAAUUGCAAGGCAACCAGAACUACUGCGAAACCUGCAAGCAGUGUGACUAUGAAAUUGAAUACGCAGACCAAAGCUCCUCUAUGGGUGUCCUUGCAAGGGAUGAUAUGCAUAUGAUCGCAACCAAUGGUGGAAGGGAAAAAUUAGAUUUUGUCUUUGGUGCGGCGAUAAGCUUUCCCAGUCAGCUGGCUAGUCACGGGAUUAUUGCCAACGUUUUUGGCCAUUGUAUCACUAGAGAGCAAGGUGGUGGAGGAUAUAUGUUUCUGGGAGAUGAUUAUGUACCUAGAUGGGGAGUAACAUGGACUUCUAUUCGAAGUGGUCCAGAUAACUUAUAUCACACACAAGCCCACCAUGUAAAAUAUGGGGAUCAGCAACUCCGGAGGCCUGAACAGGCAGGAAGCACUGUUCAAGUAAUUUUUGACAGUGGAAGCUCCUAUACGUACCUCCCAAAUGAAAUAUAUGAAAACCUUGUUGCAGCAAUCAAAUAUGCGUCUCCGGGCUUUGUCCAAGACACUUCAGAUCGGACAUUACCUUUAUGCUGGAAAGCUGAUUUCCCUGUGAGGUAUCUGGAAGAUGUCAAGCAGUUCUUCGAGCCCUUGAACCUUCACUUCGGGAAGAAAUGGCUUUUCAUGUCUAAAACAUUCACUAUUUCUCCUGAGGAUUACUUGAUUAUUAGUGAUAAAGGAAAUGUCUGUCUUGGGCUUCUCAACGGAACGGAGAUUAAUCAUGGGUCAACUAUCAUAGUAGGAGAUGUUUCUCUGCGCGGCAAGUUGGUUGUGUACGACAAUCAGCGGAAGCAGAUUGGAUGGGCAGAUUCAGACUGCACCAAACCUCAAUCACAAAAGGGCUUUCCUUUCUUCCUCUGACGAAGCAUCACUCUCUACAUAAUACAUGUGUAAAGCGUAAAUAGUGAACGCCAUUGUAUUGUAGAAUACAUUAUUAAGUGGAGACUGCCUUUGUGUAUGGGUAUAUCGUUCCAUUGGAACUGUCAGAAAUCCUCCACUGUGUUGUACCCGUCUGUAAUGUGUAUACUAUGUUGUUUACUUGUAUGAUGUAUGUACACUAUCUCCUCUACAUGGAGUUGUCCCCUACACAUGGAUUUUUUGUAGAUUAGUUACAUUAUGAACAUUUUCGACAGAAGUUGGGUACUUUACACAUUUGAUCAUCCA